CUCAAUGAGGCAGUAGUUGAUGUCCAUAAAGUUGGUAGCUCAAACUUUGCAGCUAGGUGUCAAGAGCUAUCUAGAUCAAAUGAUGUUACUUACAACAAGCUGCACAGUUUUGCUGCCCCUGCAACAAGUUAUCGUAAUCCUGUAAAGGUUCCUAAUAGCCCAGAAUUAGAGAUCCUGUCAGACACGCUUGUUGUUUCUAGUGCUCAUCUUUCUAAGGUUCCUGCAUGUUCUAAAGGUGCUGCAUCAUUUCAGCCCCUUGGUGGUUCUACAACUAGUUCUUCUGCAGCUCAUGUCCCUCAUAGAAUGUUGUCCCUGGUAGAUUCAACUCAGAUCCUUAUGUUCCUCAAGUGAAUCGUUAUUCAGUUACUACUCAAGAAAGGCGUAAUCAUCUUGCAAUGGUUCAGAUUGCAAGUCAUCCAGAGUGGUGCAAGUACGAGGUUAUUCGAUAUGAAAGAGCUUACUGUAGUUACCGUAACCUUUCUUCACUACAGUUCAAAUCUCGCGACAAUUUCUUGAUCUUGUGUGUGUGUCGAUAUCUAUUCAAUGAAGCUCACCCUUCCGUUUCUAAGAAACAUUUCUUCUUCUCUUACAUUGGUGAAACAAUUCUGGAUGGUACCAAUGCUGAGAUUGUUGGUAAUGCUUUCAAUGGUGCUAAUAGCGCUUUUCCUAUGUGGAGAAGCAACAUGCUGUACUUCCCUAUUUGUAGGUUCAGUCAUUGGUUUUCUUUUGUGGUUUGCUUGAAGGAGAAACUGUUUGUCUUCCUCGAUUCAUUAUAUGGCGAGUUCUCAGAUUUCCACCUAGCCAUUCGUGAUCCGAUUGUUAACAACUUCACCAAUCUAUGGGACACAUAUGUGACUCCUAUAUUGAGGAAGCGUAUUGACUUUGAAAAUUUCGACAUUGUGUAUCCUGCGGUCCCUCAGCAAAAUAACACGUAUGAUUGUGGUGUUUUCUCUAUUAUGUACAUGAAGCACUGGACUCCUAGGACUCCAAUUGGCAAUCUUUUUACGCAAGCUGAUAUAGAUAACAUCAGGAUCAAGCUCAUAAAUGAACUUUAUUUCAGCUAAUUCAACACUGCUGACAAGUCUCUUGUCACAAACUUCUUUGGUGCAGAACUAGAUAACUUUUUCUAUCUUGGGUGGUGAUUGAGUGUGAAGGUUUUCCUUGGUGGUCAACUGCAGAGUUUUCUUGAUGGUCAACAAGUCUGGAGAUGCUUCGGUCUUUUAUUAGCUUCUAUAGUUUAGCAAUGUGUUGGUUUUGAUCCAACAAUAUUAUUUGGUGCAAGAUUGUUCUAGGUUAAUGUACUUUUUGGGCUGAUGAGUUGUAUCCCUGCCUUUGUAACAGUUCAAGACCCUUUGUUAUUGGGAUUGUUUUUUCGCAUGUUUUUUUUUAGUUUUAUGUUGCACUAUAUUGAUUCGUUUAAUCAAUUUCUAGACCCUUUCUUGGCUGAAA